AUGAAGAACCUCGGAAAAUCUAACUCGAGAUCGCGCAUCGUUGAUGAGAAUGAUCCCGCCAUCGCCUCCUCCGCCAUGAUCUACUCCAGCACUGCCGCCGUUGAACCUCUCGCCCCGAGGACCAUCUGUUCGCCACGUUCAACGCAGUGUUCUUCUCCAUUGCGCCGUCGAACACCUUGCGGGCGGAGCUCGUCCGUUUCUAGCGAGGGUCCAAAUUCACCAACAACCGGCCAAAAGCAUCCUCAAGCACUCGUCACGGCACUCGGAUGCGAACUCCCAUCAAACUCUAAUCAGGCAGCAGAAAUUCAUGAGAUCGAGGUUGAUGGUUCGAUAAACUUAGUGGACAAUGAGAUUUCGAUGAGGAAAAGCGGGCAGUUGGGCUUCUAG